GUACUCUUUAAAAGAAAAAAAAGAAAUGGAAGAAUUAUUGAUGUUCUCUGCUUAGAACAAACUCACAUUUGCUUAUAAUAGGAACACAAUGCUAAUUCAGACAGAAUUAAAAAUAAAAAAUAUCUCAUAGAAUAUACUUGAAAUUCAAAUAGAAUUGUCGAAUCCUCAAAAUUAUAAGAUAAAACCGAAUAACUUUUACAUCAAAAAACAAGAAACAAGGGUAGUAGAGAUAACUCAAUUAAAUUAUGUUCCUAUGAGAUUGGAUGAAAGAGCAAAAAUCAUGUACAGAACCAUAUUAGAGAAUUCUACAACUUCUAGAAAAAACACAUAGACGGUUUAUCAUUUUUACAAAUACUUUUUCUUUGAGUUGUCUAGUCGUAAAAAGAGCUCUUUAAACGAUGAGAGUAGCAAUUUUACUUAAGUGAGAUAACCAGAACAGAGACAACUUUAGAGUGUGAUUGAGGUGAAUGAUUCUCUAAAUUAUUGGCAAUUAGUCACUCUCACGGUGUCUAUUAUUGUAAUAAUAUUUGCAGUAUUUAAUUGGCUGUAUAAAAAAUUUAUAAAGAGGGAUUAUUGACUUAAUUUUAAUUUUGGUUUAAAUAAAAAUUAUUAUAUAAA